AUGGACCCCGUCAUUAUAACGCCGGACGAUGUAGCUGAGGCGGUCCGAAGGGCCCCGAACUGGAAAAGUCCGGGGCUCGACGGGCUGCAUCACUACUGGCUGAAGGGGUUCGUGGUGUGUCACGCUGUGCUCGCCCGACAAUUUCAAGAGGCUCUCGACCUAAAGUCGCUCCCGAGCCUCUUCACUACUGGGAUCACUCAUUUGGUUCCUAAAGACCGGGAUACCAUAGACCCGAGCAAAUACCGCCCCAUCACGUGUCUACCCACGAUAUAUAAGACAUUAACAUCUAUUUUGAGCGCGAGAAUCACUCGUCACCUGAACUCAAAUCAGGUGAUGUCGCGCGCUCAAAAUGGAUGUCGGGGCGGUGGUCGUGGAACCAAGGAACCACUCCUCAUUGACGCGGUCAUUGGCAAAGUGGUUAAACGCAACCGUCGGAACCUAUCCGCCGCCUGGAUAGACUACAAAAAGGCAUUCGACUCGGUGCCUCAUACAUGGCUGAAGAGGGUCCUCGAGCUGUACAAGGUUGACUGUACAGUUAGAGACUUCCUCGGGCAGUGUAUGGGGCAGUGGAGUACGAUCCUUUGUCAUCUAGGCGAGCGGAUGACGGCUGCGGAGAACCACAUAAGGAUAAGAAGGGGUAUCUUCCAGGGUAGAGUCCAAUCUGGUUCUGCCUCUCUCUGA